UUAUCAGAAGCAGAGUUUGGUCUCCUUAUUCUAGUCUUCAUAAUAAAUACAUUUGGGAUAGUGUAUUUCGGGACAAGUGCGCAAUGCCCACAUUUUCUAAACAUUCAACUCUUGGAUAAGAGAAUUUCGGCCAUUUUGUUGGCGUCAUAAUAUUAUUACAUUGUAGGAAUAGGAAGUAUUUUUAUUGAUCCGUGGCUUUAAUGUUAAGUGUAGACUGUAGAGUAAUUUUUCGUUGUAUUAUGAUAAAUAAAUACCAAAUUUUAAAUGAAUAAUUAAUUAGUGUUAAUUGUAUGUUAUGUAUUUAAAAUUUAGAUGAAAUAAUUUGAAUCGUGCAAGGGUAAAUCACCAAAUUCAAGGAUCUUUGGAACUGGUAACCAAAAAAACAAUAUAAUAAAAAAUGCUGACACGCUGGGUUAUUUUUGGCAGGAGAGUACCAGUAUACAAGUGUAAUAUUUGUGCGUCACAUUUGGGAACCAGAUAUCACUGCACUUUAUGUAAUGGCUUCGAUUUAUGUAUUACCUGUUUCAAAAAAGAAUGUCAUCCACACAACAUGAAUAAACGGGAUGUUCAGUUGUACGACGUUACGUUCUUCAGAUUAUCAGUUCUUAAUUACUACCAAAAGAAACCAGAAGCUUCAAAGUCUAAAAAAUUUAUAAACGGAAUUAAUUGUUUACUUAAACACUCUACCCAAUGUAGAAGUUGUAACAUUCCAGAUUGUAAAAAUGUUAAGAAGCUGUUACGCCAUGGUAAAUUAUGUAAAUUCAAAAAUGAGGGCAAAUGCCCUAUUUAUGAUAGAUAUUUGGAAAUUUUGAAGUGUCACUGCACUGUGUAUUGUGCUCAAGCUAAUAUACCCCACUGCCCUUCUAUCCACUUUAGAAUCUAGAUCAAGCAGCAUCGACUCAAAAUAGCUCAAUCAUAACGAUCAACAACAAUAUCAGCAACAGUGAAGACCAAUAAACAUUCAACCUUAAUAACAAAUUAUAGGUACUAAUUAACCAACAAAAUCCAAUGUUUCAACCUUAACCUAACCAUGGUAACCAAAUUUAAUUAUCAGCUUCAUUAAUUUGAUCUAAUUUUUUUCUCAAUAUUAAUUAUGCUAUAGCAUGUGUCUAUAAUCUGAUUUUGAAUGUCAAUAUGUCAUCACUUAAAUAUUUAAUAUGUUCAUUUUCAUCUUCUAACCGUUAUUUUAUUUUUGGAGAACCGAUACCGGAACCCAUACCGAUAAAUUCAAAAGGUUCCAGUCCCUGAUGUAUACUAACCAUUUUCACAGCUCAACGUUUUGUUUUUUUUCUAUGUGACCACAUGGAAAACACAGUAGGUAUUCCCAAUGAUAUUUUAAUCAGGAGGCACCUAUUACUUUCAUGGACUGUAGCGAACAAUAUUAUUUUAUAUGAACAAAAUCUUUUUGACUUUCAUCCGAUGACCUUGUUGUAAAAAAAAAAACCUAGUUAAAUUAUUAUAAAUUUGAAUAUAAAAGAAAAACUUAUACUGAUUUUUCUAAAAUCUAUGGUAAAAUUUUUCUUCUUUGGCUCGCAGGUAGAACUCCUAUAUCCCCCAGUUAGGGUUAGUAAAUCCGCCGCUGUAAUUUUUCCUUUUAAACAUUAUACAUAACAAUAAUAAUAAUAUUAAUUAUUAUUAUUAUUAUUAUUUUAUAAAAAUAUUUUUAAGAGAUAUAUUAUAUAAUUUAUAAAAUAGAGAGUUGUCAACUAGAUGGCCUUAUUCAACGUAUUUAUUCAAUUUUUUUUGUAUACAAAUAAUAAAUAAAUUUAUAUAUCAAUUAAUAAAUAAAUAUAAUGAAUAUAUCAAUUAAUCCUUAAUAAGAAGAGAGCCGUGUAAGGCUUCUUGUUUGUCUUUAGUCUAUAAAUAAUUUAAUAAUUUAAGUAAGUUAUAAAUUUAAAGACAUUGAGGCACAUUUUUAUCCAAAUGAAAAUUAUAAAUUAAUAAUGUAUUAUAGCCUAUAUUAUGUUCAAUGUGUAUAUUUAUUUUUGCACGUAAUGUGUCUCCUUAGUUGGAUUGCAUAUUAUGUUUAUUAAUUUAAAACAAAUACUGUAAGAAAUUGAUAUAAUAUAUUAAGAUUCACAUAAUUGCAUAAAUAUGAAAACAUGCACUGAUACCAAGCGUUUUACUUAAAAGGAAUAAGGUAUCGAAUAAUAGUAAAAAUAAGAUAUUAUAUAAUAUUUUUAUGUAAUACUGUAUACAUUGUAUAUGCAAUUAUUAUUAUACAAAUUAAUUUUAA